GAUUACCCAGAGAAAUCGACAUGUCGAUUUCCGGUCUCUUCAUCUUGGACCUCAAAGGAAAUGUAGUAAUAUCGAGGAAUUACCGCGGAGAUGUGGAUAUGUCGUGUAUCGAAAAGUUUAUGCCACUGUUGGUUGAAAAGGAAGACGAAGGAAGUGCAUCUCCAGUAUUAGUGCAUCAAGGAAUUAGUUAUACAUAUAUUAAAUAUAUGAAUGUUUACUUGGUGACGAUUUCGAAGAAAAACACGAAUGUGAUUCUUGUAUUGUCGGCUCUUUACAAAAUUGUCGAGGUUUUCUGCGAAUAUUUCAAAACAUUGGAGGAAGAAGCUGUUCGCGAUAAUUUCGUUAUUAUUUAUGAACUUUUCGACGAAAUGCUCGAUUUUGGAUAUCCACAGACAACGGAGAGCAAGAUUCUUCAAGAAUUCAUAACACAACAAGGUAAUCGUUUGGAGACAGUUCGUCCACCCAUGGCAGUCACAAACGCGGUUUCAUGGAGAUCAGAAGGGAUCAAAUAUCGGAAAAAUGAAGUUUUUCUCGAUGUUAUUGAAAGUGUUAAUAUGCUGGCAAAUGCUCAAGGAACCGUACUCCGUUCAGAAAUCGUUGGUUCAAUUCGAUUCCGUGUUGUUCUUUCUGGAAUGCCGGAACUUCGACUUGGACUUAAUGACAAGGUGUUCUUCCAGCAAUCUGGUGCAAGUUCUAGACGUGGUAACAGUGGAAAAGGAGUCGAAUUGGAAGAUAUCAAAUUCCAUCAAUGUGUCCGUUUAUCUCGCUUUGAUUCCGAAAGAACCAUUUCUUUUAUUCCACCGGAUGGAGAAUUUGAGCUGAUGAGUUAUCGAUUGACAACACAAGUUAAACCAUUGAUUUGGGUUGAGGCUGCAGUUGAGAGACAUGCACAUUCAAGAGUUGAAUAUAUGGUUAAAGCGAAAUCUCAAUUCAAACGUCAAUCUGUUGCCAAUCAUGUCGAAGUUAUUAUCCCUGUUCCAUCCGACGUCAGUGCUCCAAAAUUUAAAACUGGAGCAGGUACAGCAAAAUAUGUUCCAGAGCUUAAUGCUAUUGUUUGGAGUAUUCGAAGCUUCCCAGGAGGCCGUGAAUAUAUAAUGAGAUCUUCGUUCAUGCUCCCAUCAAUUGGCUCCGAAGAGCUGGAAGGCCGUCCGCCAAUCAAUGUUAAAUUUGAAAUUCCUUACUACACAACUUCCGGACUACAAGUUCGAUAUUUAAAAAUCAUAGAGAAAUCUGGAUAUCAAGCACUUCCAUGGGUACGAUAUGUUACUCAAAACGGAGAUUAUCAAAUGAGAAUGACCUAAUAAGAAGCUUUCUGUUCCCAAUAUCCUUCAAGCCACCUUCAAGCCAAAACAGUCAUCCCUGUAAUUUUUGUUCUAUUCAAUUCCCCCGCCAUUCGGUCCCUUGGGUGCCUUAUAUUUUUUUUUUAAUGUUUAAUUUUAUUCCGAGAGAGAAAAAAACUAGUAAUUUAUUAACUGUGAUAUUGUCUUUUGUUGCUCUUUUCAACGCUUUUCAUCCCCUGGUUUCUUGUAUCUUUCCUUUUUUUUGUUCGUUUUUCAGAGUUAUUUAUUGAAUUCGGAGUUAAAUAUAAACAAAGUUUCCGAU